GAGUCUUGAGUGGGGUUUUCAUCUUUAUCAUGAACAUCGGAUUAAAGGACGCGUGUUUGCGUCUGUUGAUGGAGGUUUUGCUAUAAAUAGGGCUUGUCGCCAUGGUAUAAUCAAAUAAGUAUUUCUGAUCGAGCUUAUAUUGUUUGGGAAUCUGUCUCAAUUGAGUGAGUUUCGUGUGUGUGUGUAUAUUAACUUUAUUAAGAGAGAGAGAGAGAGAGAGAGAAAAAAGAGAGACUAUGGGGAUGUUUUUGAGAAGGGGCUGGAUAGUGGCUUGUGUGUUUAUGUUACUGAUGUCGACUCAAGUGUUGGGAAAAUUAUCUAGCAAAGAUGAUCAUGCCAAGAGCAAACACCGACAUCACAAUAACAAAAGAGACGGUGCUAGUGGAGGUGGAGGUGCUGGAGGUAGUAUCGGAGCAGGAGGUGGUGCUGGCGGUGGCAUUGGAGUCGGAGGAGGCAUAGGCGGUGGUGGUGGUGCUGGUGGAGGUGGUGGUAUUGGAUCCGGAGGAGGAGUUGGUGGUGGUACUGGUGGUAAUGGAGGAAGCUGUGCUGGUGGUCAUGGUGGUGGUGGACGUGGUAGUGGUGGUACUGGGGGAGGUGUAGGUGGAGGUGGUGGCGUUGGAGUUGGAGGGGGAUUUGGUGGUGGUGUAGGUGGAAGCGCAGGUGGAAGCGCAGGUGGAGGUGGAGGCGGCAGUGUUGGUGGAGGAGGACGUGGUGGUGGACGGGGUAGUGGGGGAUCUGGUGCUGGUGGAAUUGGCGGUGGAGGUGGUGGAAGUAUUGGCGGUGGAGGAGGUGUUGGUGGUUCGAUUGGAGGUGGUGGUGGUGCCGGAGGUGGAGUAGGUGGUGGUGCUGGAGGAGGUGUUGGUGGAGUUGGAGCAGGAGGCGGUGCAGGAGGAGGAGCUGGUGGUGGUCUAGCGGGUGGAGGAGGAGUCGGCGGUGGUGUAGGAGGCGGAGCAAAUGUUGGUGUAGGAGUUGGAGCUGGAGGUGGUGCAGGAGGAGGAGCUGGUGGUGGUGGUGGUGGUGGCAUUGGUAACCGAAGACAUUAA